CACUCGGCAGCCGCGAAGCACUCAGUUGAAACGCCACUGCUGUCACGGGCGCACCGUGACCGUGCCACAGAGAAAGGGCUCGUGGAGAAUAAGGAUACGCUGUUGAUCUCCUUUCAUGCCGGGCUUCACACACUCGUGCAAUUCUCUUAGAUCUAAAGGUUGAUCCCUGCUGUGUGCUGUGGGGAUUCCAGGCUGCUGCCUGUGUGUUGUGUGUCUGGUGAAGCAGCAGCAGCAGCAGCAGCACCUCGCCCCUGUACCACCCCCAGCGCGCCCGCCCCCCCCCCCUCCCUCGCACACACACACACAGCCGAGAUGGGCAACGGGCUGUCGGAUCGCCGUGCGGUGCUGCCGUGCCUGCCCUCCUUCCAGGCGCUGCACAUCGUGAUCCUGGGGCUGGACUGCGCGGGCAAGACCACCGUGCUGUACCGCCUGCGCUUCAACGAGUUCGUCAACACCGUGCCCACCAAGGGCUUCAACACGGAGCGGGUGCGGGUGCCACUCCUGGGGUCCGGCGGGCAUCGCUGCCGCUCGGCCUCGGUGGCGUGCCACUUCUGGGACGUGGGCGGUCAGGAGAAGCUGCGGCCGCUGUGGCGCUCGUACACGCGGCGCGCGGACGGCCUGGUGUUCGUGGUGGACUCGGUCGACGCCGAGCGCAUGGAGGAGGCCAAGACCGAGCUGCACAAGAUCACGCGUCUCCACGACAACCUGGGCGUGCCCGUGCUGGUGCUGGCCAACAAGCAGGACCUGCGGGCGGCGCUGCCCCUGGCCGAGGUGGAGCGGCUGCUGGCGCUCGGAGAGCUGGGCACACACACACACACGCCCUGGCACCUGCAGCCCGCGUGCGCCAUCAUCGGCGAGGGCCUCCAGGAGGGGCUGGAGCGACUGCACGCCAUGAUCGUCAAGAGGAGGAAGAUGCUGCGCCAGCAGAAGAAGAAGAGAUGAAGAGCACGCCACACCCACAAGUGUGUGUGUGUGUGUGUGUGUGUACACAGGGACAAUCAAUGGACAAUCAGUGGACAAUCAUGGACAUACACACACACACAUACACACACAUACGCAGAGACUCUGUCCCGCCAUUGUGCUGCUGACAUCCUGCUACAGCAGUGCCUCAGACGGAUGCUGGGAUCUUAUUGGCUGCCACAGGUGGAUGCUGCGAUCCUAUUGGCUGCCGCUGGCAGACGCUGGGAUGUUAUUGGCUGAGUUGUAUCAGCUGGGGGUUUUCUACUGUUUGUGCCGUGCCGGAUGCUCCUGGACGUACGCCGAGCGAGCGGAUCGAUCCGCCGUCCAGCGGAACUCUGGACCCGAGCGGUCACGUGACCGUGGUGGCCACGGCGAUUAUGGAUCUGUGAUGUUCUGACAGGGUGGCGACACGCAAUCAACUCCGCCGCAGGGCGCUAUGGAGACCACGCACACACACUGUCGGGCUGGGGAGAGGGGGGGGAGAGGGGGGGGACACGUUUGUAUUGUGUGUGAGCUGAGCUGAGCCAUCUGUGUUGAGCAGGAACUGAAGGAGUAGCGAAGCUCUUGUGUGGAGAUCAUGUGAUGAAAUCAGAUCGCUCUGGCAAUCACUCAGGAGAUUGGAUCUGCUGCCGAAUGGUGGACCUUAAACGACCCCCCCCCCCCCCCCCAAGUUUAGUGUUGCUCGGCAACAGAUGUGUCGCGGGGGGAAGAGGAGCCAAAGCAAACAUCAGAAUCACUGGUGUGGGGAGACCAUACGGCUUUAAUUUAAACACACAGAAGACUUCAGAGAAUCACUGGUGAGGGAGCGACCAGGAGGCUUUAAACUCACGGUCUAGUGGACGCUUGUAAAGGCCUUUGGGGUUGGUGGACUUCACUGCCAUUGGAGUUGAGUGUGUGUUCACACACCUGCGGAGUUAUUUACCGUUCUGUUGUUUACUUCCUGGUUGAGCGGCAGUCGGGACUCUGUCUGCACAGCAGGAAGUUGUGACUUUUCUUUUGUGUUCCUUUUGUUUUGGCUCCAUUUGUUCCCUCCGUCUUGAUGGAGGAGUGUGAUCGUUUCCGGAACUAUCCGUGUCUUCAGCUGCACAGCUGGGACAUUUCAAAUGCACUUUAAAAAAAAAAGAAACAAUCUCAUUUUUGUAAGCUAUGAACUCUUUAUUGUCCAGAUUUUUGUAGAAAGUUUAUGAUAUAAAAAAAUGAAGUAAAGAAAGCUAUCUGUGAUGUGCUGCUUCAGAAGAGUGUGUGUUUAUGGGUCAGAAGAGGUUGUCGACCUCACUGUGUGUGUAUGUGUGCGUGUGUGUGUGAGUGUGUGUGAGUGUGAGUGUGAGAGAGCGAGAGCGAAAGAGAGAGGUUUUCUAUCUGUCACUCAAAGUGUGUGUGAAGGUGCUUCAUAUGUGUGAGUCAGUUCCCUUCACCCUGAAUAAAGCCACAACUUCUCACUGA